GUCUCUGGGCUUCCUCGGCGGGGGCCGUCGCCCCCGGAGGCCCCGCGGUCGCCCCGGCCGUGCGGGGUUAGGCCGCCGUCCCUCACUCCGGCCCCGCCCGCAGCUGCCCCGGGGCUGCCCGCGCCACACCCCGGCUCUUGUCCUGCUCCCUGCGCUCCCUCUCAAACUUUUCUGAAUCACGAACUGCCGCAGCAGCAGCAAAGCUGAGGUUCCCGAAAGCCUCGGCAGUUAGACGUGAGCGACAGCAGGGCUGAGCAGCCAUGGAGAGGAUGCAGCAGGUCGUUGGGCGAGCACGAGCCGCCUUCAACUCGGGCCGCUGCCGCUCGCUGGAGUUCAGGAUCCAGCAACUGAAGGCCCUGGAGCGGAUGGUGAAGGAGAAAGAGGAGGACAUCCUGGCAGCCAUCAAAGCAGAUCUGCACAAGUGUGGGCACAAUGCGUACAGCCACGAGAUCCUGGGCGUGCUGGGCGAGCUGGCCUUGGCCAUGGACAAACUGCCAUCCUGGGCAGCCCCUCAACCCGUGAAGAAGAACCUGCUGACGAUGCGGGACGAGGCCUACAUCUAUCCUGAGCCCCUGGGGGUGGUGCUGAUCAUCGGGGCCUGGAACUACCCCUUUGUCCUGGUCAUGCAGCCUUUGAUCGGGGCUAUCGCAGCAGGCAACGCCGUGGUGGUGAAGCCGUCGGAGAUCAGUGAGAACACAGCUCAGCUGGUGGCUGAUCUCUUGCCCCAGUACAUCGAUCGGGAGCUGUACCCCGUGGUCACUGGAGGAGUCUCUGAGACAACAGAGCUGCUGACACAGAGGUUUGAUCACAUCCUCUACACUGGCAACUCCACAGUGGGCAAGAUCGUGAUGGCAGCAGCUGCCAAGCACCUGACACCCGUCACCCUGGAGCUGGGUGGGAAGAGCCCCUGCUACAUCGACAAGGACUGUGACCUGGCUGUCGCCUGCAGGAGGAUAACGUGGGGCAAGUACAUGAACUGUGGGCAAACCUGCAUCGCCCCAGACUACAUCCUCUGCGACCCAUCCAUCCAGAGCGAGGUGGUGGAGAACAUCAAGGCGACUCUGCGGGAGUUCUAUGGGGAGGAUGUGAAGUCAUCUCCGGAUUACGAGAGGAUCGUCAACAAGCGGCACUUCAGGAGGGUUCUGGGCCUGCUGGAAGGGCAGAAGAUCGCUCAUGGGGGAGAGACUGAUGAGGCCUCCUGCUUCAUAGCACCAACCAUCCUCACCGACGUCUCUCCGGCCUCGAAGGUGAUGGAGGAGGAAAUCUUUGGACCAGUGCUCCCCAUCCUGACUGUGAAGAGCGUAGACGAAGCCAUUGAGUUCAUCAACGGUCGGGAGAAGCCCCUUGCCCUGUAUGUCUUCUCCAACAACAAGAAGUUAAUCAAGAGGGUCAUCUCAGAAACCUCCAGUGGGGGUGUGACUGGAAACGAUGUCAUCAUGCACUUCUUCCUCUCGACCUUGCCCUUUGGGGGUGUUGGUAACAGCGGGAUGGGCGCCUACCACGGCAAGCACAGCUUUGAGACCUUCUCGCACCGCCGCGCCUGCCUCAUCAAGGACCUGAAGCUGGAGGGUACAAACAGCCUCCGGUACCCACCCAGCAGCCAGAAGAAGCUGGAUUGGGCCAAGUUCUUCCUCUUGAAGCGCUUUAACAAGGGCUGGAUGGGACUGGCCAUCCUGGCCCUGCUGAGCAUCGUGGCAGCAGUGACUGUCAAGAUGUUUUUCUUCUGAAGAGAGGAGAAGGCGCCAUGUGCAAGUCAUACUCUGAGUGCUCGCCUUGUGCCUGUUUCCUUAAGCUGAGAAGUCUUUUUGUUUCUGCCUUUGCACGGGGUUAUUUCAGCGAGCUGCCGAGCACACAGAGUAGCCUUAGAGAGGCACUAACCAAGACAAGGCUUGGACUCCUGUUUACUAAACAGCCAUGCUGAAACUGAGGGACCACUGGGUACAAGCUCCCAAAAGGAAGACUGCAGAGCAAGAAAUGCCAGUCCCUGCCUGUGCCCUGCAGCUUGCAGCGUGCUGCUUCUCAGGGGGUGCAGGCUGUGACACCCUUUUUGGGGCUUGGGGUUUCAUCACGUUCCUGUAACAACUAUUUGGCAGUUAGGAAAUACCUGCUCUGCCUGUGUUUGGCUGAUAAGUGCAUGUCACAUUUGUACAAAAGAACUGCCUGGCCUGUUUAGGGAAGUGGGAAUCACGAAGUGCCCUGUUGUGGCUUAGGCUGGGUGGGCUGCUCUGAGCCCCACAUGGGAUGGGGAAGAGAGUGGGAAGGGUAAAAGUGAGAACACUUGUAGGUUGGGAUAGAGUUUAACAGGUGAAGUGAAGGCUUGGUGUGUGAGCAAGGGAAUGAAGGAACCCACUCGUUAUCUCCCUCAGCAGGCAGGUGUUCAGCCAUCCCCAGCAGAGCAAGGCUCCAUCACACCUGGUGGUGGCUCCAGAGGACAGAUGCCAUAACUCCCAAUGUGCCCCCCACCUCCCUCUUGUUUCCCUCCCUCCCUUUUGUCACUGAGCAUUGCAUCAUCUGGGCUGAGUCUCCCUUUGGUGGUGCGGGCCCAGCUCUCCCAGCCAUGGCCCCUCCUUGCUAACCACAGCUACACGUGUGAGAGACAGACCUUGGCACUGUGUGGGCACUUCUCAGCCUCAGCUAAACCCCAGGUGUGUUACCAACACCUUUUUGGUCCCAAAUCCAAAGCACAGCACCAUCCUACUGUGAUGAAACUCAGCAACUGUGAUGAAAAUUAACUCCAUCCCAGCCAAAACCAGUACAAACUCAUCCCUGGUCAGAGUCCUCCAAGGGAAAAUUACUGCAAGAGGGUGUACUCCUUUGUGUUCAAGCUUCUGGGUCUGCUGUGAUCUUGCACUGGGAUGUAAUAUGGGGCUUGUUCUAGCUUGAGGAGAGGAUUGUGGAGAGAUUUAAGGUGAAAGGACCUUAGAAAUAUCAAUGUUUAAAUAAGGUAAACUUAAAAUUACUAUUAAAUGCAAUUAAUAUAGAGUAGAAAAUGCUACUGAGCCUGCAAUAGGUGGGGUUUCUUCAUGUCUAGUGGAAAAUCCAUGUGCUAAGCCCUUCUAAUGAUGCAUUUUGCAAGCACUGAAUAAACACUCAGAAUUCAAAUACUAAA